UGUAUUUUAAUUUAACUAUAAAAAACUUUAUUAAAAUAAUAUGGAAGCCAUAUUACCUGAAAAACAGGUAAAAGAAGUCUUUUAUGCAGCAGCACAGGAUUUAGGAUUCGAUCCAUUUGUUGCACGCAAAUACGUGUUAAUAAUGAAAGAAUCCGAUCUCGACGUAUAUCCAGUUAUUGGCGAUGAGCGAGUUGCUUUGCUGCUAUACGGUUGGAUUAAAUGCAAUGAUUACGCUACGGAGAUGCUGCAAAAAGACAAGCAGAUAAAGAUUACUUCAAGCUUUAAAAUAAUUGCUACUAGUCUUACACAAUAUACAUUGAGUUUAUGGUUUAGUCAAGAAUGGAAUAAGUGUGUACCAGCAAGACAAAAGUUACUGUUGCACACAUUUAGGAAAAGUUAUAUAUAUUUAACCAAAAUGGCAAACCUUUGUGCAUUAAACUGGGAUUACAUUUUAAAUUUGUAUUCUGGACCUUGGAAUAAUCAAUAUAUAAAUCAAUUUUUUGAUAUAAAAUAUAUAAGACCAUUGGCGCUUAGGGAGUCAGUAGAUUGCAUACAAGCACAAGCAACUGCUGAGGAUAUUACUUAUGUCAAAACUGAGGGAGUGCUGCUUAUAUUAUUCCGCUUUAUUAAACUGCUUGACGCUGGUUCUAUGGAAGCUGUUAAACAAAUAUCUAUAUGUGUUAUAUCUGCUUGGAAUAGAAUUGUGGAGAGUCUAAGUAGUUCAAAGCGUAAAAAAAUGAUUGCAAAUAUGCAUGCGGAUGAAAAACGUGCUUUAAUAUAUAUAUGUCAUAUACACCUUAUGACCAUCUAUGAAAUGGAUAACGUGCAGGGAUUUGUCAUCGACAAUAUCAUUAACAAUAUUAGGUUUUAUCAUCAAAGCAUACAAGAAGCUUCAUCUAAAUCCAUACAUAAUGCAAAGGAACUAAAACAUACUUCUGCUCGUUUUAUUGCCUCAACUUGUAUUUACUUAAAUGUAAGUAGCAGUGAGUUUUUUGAAGCUAUCAUUGGUAAGUUCGACGUGUGCCUUUCAACGCUCUUCGGUACUAUAUGUAAAGCGUAUAUAAGCUACAUAUUAGGAAAUUUACUAAUGGAGAUAAAUAAUAAAAAUGACGAGGAUAUUGAAAACAAUCUAGAAAUUUUCAAACGCUUACUUAAUAGUUAUGUGAAAGAACGUGAACAGAGUGAACUUUUUAUUUUGGGAGAGAUGCGUAAAAAGGAGUGGCAAAAAACGAGCCACAAUCUUAACUACACUGUCAAUUAUGAAACAGACUUCAAAAGUAAAAUUUGUAAGGGUAAUCGUAUGAGCAAUAUUAGCAAAUGUGAAAAUUCCGAUGAGGAUGAACAAGAUACAUUGGAAGCAGAAGAUAAUCAUAGACGCGUUGAUCCUGUUUUUCAGAAUUUACCCAAUAACCUUAACAUAUUGCGUUACGUGUACAACAUUUUAGCAAUGAGAAAAUACAAAGGUUGGCACUUUGCUAAACUUGUACUUUUAUGUAAAAUUAUUGGUUAUGAACUCAAUGAAAUUGAGAAAUGGAGAUAUCAUCCUGGUUUAACAACCGAAUUUAUGUUAAAUUUAGAAAUAAAUCUUUCACGUUAUUAUGCCGAUUUAGCAAAAAUAUUUCAAGAUCAUCCAUUUAUGGAACAGGAAUUCUGGUUAACAGCGUUCUAUUUAGAUCCCAAUAACUUGAAUCGUGAAGCUGUUGCACGUUGUGGUAUGCGUAAUAGUAAACGAAUAAGUGAGGAGCAAGAAAAGCAGAAACGAUUAAAUAGCGAACCAAGCAAUACGGCUGAGACAGAUUUGAAAUUUGGUCUCUUAAGUUCAACUAUUGAUGUUAAUGAAAUAGUCAACAUAGUAAAUCAUGAUGCACCAAUUGAUGACUAUGAACCACUGUAUCGAGCAUUACGUGCUUUUCGUUUACCAGAGAAAAUAAUCAAAGAUUUAUUAACUGUAAUAUUUGUGCCACGUAAUAGUAGUUUCUCGUGGGCAUUAGAUUGGCACGAAUUAAAACAGCGUUGUAGAUUUUUGGCUAAACGUCCGGAACAUAAGCGUCAUUUAGUUGAACUGAGUAUGGCCGAAGCUAAUGACAGAUUAAAGUUUUUGAAAAUUGAUUAUGAUAAGUACAAAAAUCGUCCACAAUUGGAUUAUGGUAGCAUUGAAAGAGGUUAUGAAAAUGUUACAAAUUUAGCUGAUCUUACAGAAAGUGAUGAUGAUUUCCUUGAUGAGGAAGACUUUGAAGAUUACGAUGAUUAUCGUUCUAGAUGUGCUGAACUAAAUAAACAAAGAGCGAAAAUAAAACAAGAGCAUUUGGAUAUGCUGAGUAGUUACUCUGUAGGCACACGUCUAACACGUGCCCGUACAGCGGCAGCGAUAGCGUCUUCAACAUAUAAAGAGAUUUGCGAAGAAAAAGAUAAUGAUUCCAGUGGUUCUGAAAGUGAAAAUGAGGACUCAAAUGAUUCAACACCUCAUCAGUUACAUCAACUUGAUUUUUUUAAUGAUCAACAAAUGGUUGUUAAAUUAGAACCGCCAACUAUUAAAGAUGAAGAAGAUGAGGAAUUUACUGAAAUAUAUCAUCUGACAGAACUACUAAAAGAACGCACAGCAUUUUGUAAUAAUACAAGUGGCUUUAAAUCAUUUUUAGAUGUUUGGGAUAUUAAUGAUCUGGAAUUGAAAAAAGUCGAAUCUGAAACGAUUGCUACAAAUGAAAUCGAAAAUGCUUUGAGUAUUUUUAAGAAACUGGGUGAUCUGAAGAAAACGACGCACUCAAAUAUUUCCACAAAUUGUGAUUCAAUAAAUAUGGAAACAAAAAUUCACGCAGAAAUAACAACGUGUGAAAAAGAAAAACGAAAACGCAAACAACGGAAACACAGUAUUACAUUAGAAGCACAUAAAAAUAAGGAUAAAAAACUAAUAGAAAGCCAUACACAAGAUAACGAGUGCAUAUAUAAGAAGGCUAGUAAAAGGAAAAAAUUGAGCGAGAAGGAAGUUGAUUUAGAUAAUAAAAAACUCAAAAAAGAAGAAUCACGUCAUCCACUUGACAAUACAGAGAAGCUAAAUUCAGAGGCAGCACUAGAACAAAAGAAUCAUGAAGUUGAUGAAGUAGGUAACGACGAUAGUAAUAAACUUAAACAAACGGAAAACAGCAGCAGAGACAAAAUUUGUAAAGAAAUGGAAAUAACAAAUGAUAAAAUCAUAUCAAUGAUGGAUGCGGACCAAACCUCCGUUACUGUUAACAGUAACGACAGUGUGAAGACCUGUCUAUCGGUUACGUUAGAAAAAAUUCAAAACAGCGAAAUAAAUGACUUAAGUGAUCAAGUAACUGAAAAUAUUACAGUUGAAUCUAUUUUAAAAGAUACCGAAGAUAAUGUGUUGGCGAGUAAUGAUAACGAAGAAGAAAAGGAAAAUAUUUCACAUAUCAAUGCAUCAGUUGAUACAAAAUUAAAGUUGGCAUCACCUAAUUUAACAGAUGAAAAAGAUAUAGUUUCUGAAUCUAUUAUAAAUUCAAACACUAGUAGACCGACAUCUGGCGAAAUGGAUGCACAAUCUUUAGAAGAAAUAGGUUUGCCUAGUGGUUUAACGGGGGAAGAAAAAGUGGUAAUGUUGGAAGAUGAAACUCUUAACCGCAAGUCAUAUACACCCUCUCCUGUAAAUAAUUGUGAUAAUCUAAAUUCCAUCGCAUCAUUUAAAAGUAAAGACAAAACAAAAAAUAAACAUAAUGUUGCCAAUAAAAAUAUAUGUGAGGAUACUAUAUGUGAAGAAAAUUCAAAAGAAGAAAAUAUAAAACAUAAAUCUCAGGAAACUUUAGUACAAAUUUUGACAACUACAAAAACGUUAUCUACUGAUAGUAAAGUAGAUGGCAUCCAAUCUAUGUGCCUGAAUGAAAAUGAUAUAAAAGCGAAUAUCAUUACUUCAAAGGAAAAUGAACAUACAUGUGUUCAGGAAAAUCAUGCCAUAUCCAUACCACUGUCUGAUGAGAAUAAGAGUAGGAGUUUGACAAACGAAGGAUAUGAAUUUCUAGAAGAAAAAAGACUAAUUGUACAAAAUACCAUAUGUAACACACAACAUGAAAACUUUUGUGAAAAUGAAUACUCUAUUCAAGAGAAUAAAACUAAAUCUGAGCAAAGGAAUUCGAAAAAUAUAAAUUUAGAAAAAGCUACAACGAGGAAAAAGAGAAAACUUUCAGAAAUUGGAAAAACUAAAAAUGUUACUACUAACUUGGAGGAAGUUAAUAUGAAACUUGAAUUGGUUGUAGCAAAUAAAAUCCCCAAUGUAACUAUAGAUGAAGUUCCUGAAAUAUUAAACACUGUUGAUCAGAAAAUAGAUUCAUAUACCAAUGAUGAAACGACUUUGAAUUCCAUUAAUAAUGUCAACGACGGUGACCCUGGUAAAAACUAUGAGACUGUCAAUGAUAACUACACUGCUAAUGAUAACGUCAGUGUGAAUAAUAAAGUUACUGUUAACAAUAAUGAAACUAUUAAUGACAGCAAAAGUGUUAUUGGCUGCAAAAUUGGUAAUGAUAAUUGUAAUAACAGUAGUAAUGUAAAUAAAAGUGACGAUUUGAAUGACGAUGAAACCGUCAAUAAGGACAAUAGCCUUACAAGUGAUGGUACGGCUGUCGGUAAUAAUGAAAAUGACACCGCAAAUGAUAUCGUCAAUGAUAAUAACACUUCAAAUGAUCAUGUGACAAUGAUUGUCAAUAAAACCGACAAUAUAAAGAGUAUUGAUCUGUUUCCUGCAGAUGAAAUUAAUAAUGCAAACAAUACUAAACAUAACAAUAUAAGUGAAAACGAGAAUAUAAAAAAUAAUCAAAAACAGAUUCAUACUAAAAAGCCUAUGUCAUUUAGAAAUAGUGAACAUAAAACUGCUGCUAUUGAAAAUGAAAGUAUUAAUAAAAAUUCGUGCGAAAAUGCCAAAAACUCGAACCGUCUGAAUAUAAGUAAAUAUCAAGAAUUAAUGAUCUCAAAUACAGAAAAGCCUGAUGACAUGAACCAACCUAUAGAAGAUGUGGAGUCUAAAACCAAUAAUGACGCUUUGAUAAAUCUGUAUGAUAAUCACAGUAAUGAAGAACAACCUAAAGGUGUACACAAAAACAUAGAGAUGAACGUCAAGUUAAUUACAGAAUACGAUCGUUUAGAGAUACUUAAAAAAGAAUGUCUAGAGCGUCAAGUAAAAGUGAAUUUACAAAGAUUAACAGUGUCUGCUGUAUUAGAUGCAAAACUAAAUAAUCCAAAAGUGUUACUAAAACCUUUAAACUAUGAAAAGUUCUUAACGGAAAAGCUUAAAAGUCAAAUAAAAGAAACAAUUGAAACUGAAGAAAGUAAAACUGUUUGUAAUGCAACGACUGUGGAAGUAUCACAAAUAGGCAUGAAACGAAGUCGUCGCACUUGUGCUGCUAUACGAUUUCGUCCAACAUCUUCAUCCUCAACUGAUUCAUUUGAUGAUUAUAAGCGUAAACCCCGAAGUUCACGUUCAAAACGACCCAAAACCAAUGUGUCAACAAAAUCAUAUGCAACUAAGAAAACACUGGUUGUUACGCCGCGUAGUUCGAGCGGUCUGAAAUUGCGGAUAACAUCCAACGAAGCAUUACACAGCGUAACUAGAAUAUCAAUAGAUAAUAAAUUGGUACCGAUAAUUAAUAUACCUACCUCUUCAAGCGAGGAAGAAACAGAUCCACUCUAUCUGGAAGAAGUAGAAUUUGUUAGAUGUGACUAAUUAAUAACUAUAUUUUUUUUUUUGUGUCAUUUUAUGUUUUUAGUAUUAAUGUAAAAAGUAUGUGUAAAUCUUUAAGAUAU